AGAAUGAUACCGAGCGACGAAGCGCCCCUGUACGCCACGAGAUUCUUAUUUUGUUCCUUCCGAACGAAGAGCGCCGCUGUAGGCCUACGUUGUGUAAUGGGGCCGUUUCUACACAGACAAUAGGGUACGCCAUGGCAACCUGCGACAACGAGGGGGCUGCAAAAUGACCCCCUCGGACGAACACUUCAAUAUCUUCCCGCGAUAACAAAAGAGAACGGAGGAUUACUCAAGAUAGCCUUGUUGAUUCAAGCGCUUCUCUGUAUACCCAAUACAGUGAGGGGACACAAUGCACUUUCCCCUUCUUUGCAACAGUUUUCCAUAUUAAAGGAAGGAAAUAUAAUUCUUGUCGUAAGGAUUACUAUUGGAUGUCGAUGUCAACGAACAUUUCUUGAUAAAGGUAACAGUGUAUCACUUCCAACCAAUGGAUAGAAAUAGAUUUUCUACCAGCUUUUCAUCAUUAUUUUCAUGAUAGUGAUAAGUUAGACGGAUUUAUCCGAUAUUUCACCGAGAACCGGACAUUUAGGAUUUGAAUAUUUUUCUUGGGAAUAUCAUCAAACUUUUUUUCAUUCCAGAAUUACCACGGUGCGAGUUUUUUUCUGGAAUACAUUCGAGCCGCAUGCUUUACAACAAAAAAUCUAGAAUGUUUUCAACAUGUUAGUUAAAAAUGGCUACCCAGGAAAAGUAUUUACUAGUGUGGAAGAAAGCUCAUAGAAAACAUCCAUUAUCAUCGGUGACAUUGAAAUAAAAAGGACGUGGUUAUAAAAGGGUUAGUGUGGUUCGACAUCAGCAUCGACAUCGCCGACAUCCAUAAUGGGGGACCUUGCGGCUGUGAUCACGAAAGAAAACAUCAACAACGUCAACUAUCGGCGGUUGACUGCGGAGGCGAUCGUCGAAGGAAAGGAGAGAUAUGCAGCCAAGCUGGAACGCCAAAAACUCAUUAAAUCGGGCAAGCACCCGGAGCUCGAAGAUGAAGAGGAGGAGGAGAUGGAGGAAAACAAGGCCAACGGCGGCGAGUACGAUUCCGACUUCGCCUCCGGAGCCGUAGUUCCCUCCAAACUCGGCCCCUUCCCUAAGAAACUCUUGAGUACUCCUAUUGAAGAACUAGAUCCUGCCAGGCAAGACGAUAUGUCUUUUGUGGUCGUCGGCAGAAAAUUCAAAUCAUCUCAGAUCUUCAGGUUCACAACGAACGAGGCACUGUUUUGUCUAUCACCGCUCAACCCCAUACGGCGACUGAUGAUGAAGAUAUAUACCAACGAGUUCUUCGAUUUGUUUGUGAUCCUAACCAUCAUUGCCAACUGUGUCUUUCUUAUGCUGGAUACUCCCAGACCACCUGAAGUUGCAGAGCCAACAUACCUCAGAAUCGCUGAGUAUAUCUUCACUGCAAUCUACUCUGCUGAAAUGUUUGUUAAAAUCUUGGCAAGAGGGUUCGCCCUCCAUCCGCACACGUAUAUGAGAGAUGCAUGGAAUUGGUUAGAUUUCUUCGUCAUUGUAUUAGCGUAUGUAACGUUCGGGUUAGUCGAAUCGGGCGUUGACAUCGGUAACUUCAAUUUCCUACGGACAUUCAGGGUUCUCCGAGCCUUGAAAACGAUCUCCGUCGUACCUGGUCUGAAGAGCAUCAUCAACGCUCUCAUUCGAUCGACCAAGAUGUUAGGCGAGGUUAUGCUCCUCACCGUGUUCGCUCUCUGUAUCAUCUCCCUUCUUGCUCUUCAGUUGUUCAUGGGUAAACUAACAAGGAAAUGUGUAGCUGAAAUCCCGCCAUUGGACUUCAACAUCUCCGAUGAAUAUUUCUUCAACUUCACACAAGAUCCAGCAAAUUGGUUAACUUGGGGUGGCGACCCUGUCAUCUGUGCUAACAUGACGCUAGGAGGACGAGAUUGGAGUUUGUGUCCGGAAAACUAUACAUGUUUAGAAGGAAUUGGAGAUAAUCCAAACGACGGGUAUACCAAUUUUGAUAACAUUGGUUACUCCAUGUUAACAUGCUUCCAGCUAAUCACAUUGGACUUCUGGGAAAACGUCUAUAAUAAUAUUUUAAAGGCGCAAGGUCCGUUCUCGGUUUUCUUCUUCCUUACAACUACCAUGUUUGGCGCGUUUUAUCUCAUCAAUCUCAUGCUUGCCGUCGUCUCCAUGGCUUAUACAGAGGAAAUGGAGAACCAAGGGAAGGAGAAGGCCAAAAAGGCGAAGGAGAAGAAAGACAAAGUUAUGGAGUUGGACGCAGCAAAACUGAAAAAGCUAGCCGCAAAGAAGAAAAAGAAAAAGAAGAAACAAUCAGAACUGGACGGGCAGGAGAGUCAGCAAGGAAGUCAGGUGCCAAUGCUGACCAACGGUCAAGAGAACGCUGGGUAUACAGGGGAAGGGUCUACGGCUGGAAAGUCAGAUACCGUACGACUACAAGAUGAUUCUAUAAGUGACGUCGGGUCAAAGGCAUCGGAAAAAUUUGCCUUAAAAGCUCUCCUUUCAACAUACACUAGACCAAACGGAGAGGGCGCUAUCGAUGCUGACCAAGGGACAGAAAUGAACGAUGGGAUGACGGACAUUAACGAUUCCAUGACGGAGAAUAUAGACAGUGUGUCAGGCGCAGGAAGCAAGCUGGACUCCGAGAGUCAUGCCAAGCAAUCAACCGCUGAAGGUGAUGAUGAAGACGAUGAAGCGCCGAUCCCAUUCAACGAAGAUGACCCCGAUAACCAAAAGGACCAUCCAUGCUGUGAUUACAAAUGCUGCUGCGGGUGUUGCCGGCGGAAUUUCAUCUGCACCGUUCCUCACUAUCGCCGUUGGCGGAAGGUGCAGUACUUGGCCAGUUGGGUGGUCCUUGAUCCUCUGAUGGACCUCUUCAUCACCCUUUGCAUCCUAGGUAAUACCGCCUUCCUGAUGAUGGACCAUGAAGAGAUCGAUGCCUACCUCGCUUACAUCUCAGAAGAGGGUAACAAGGUCUUCACUUACAUAUUCACUAUCGAGUGCGCACUGAAACUGAUAGCUUUGGAUAAGAAGUUCUUCAAAAAUCCAUGGAAUGUUUUUGACCUAUUUGUCGUCUGUGUGAGUCUUAUUGAAUUUGGUCUGGCUAAUGUCGAAGGUCUUUCCGUUCUAAGGAGUUUUCGAUUGCUGCGAGUUCUCAAGCUCGCUCAAUCGUGGACAACAAUGCGGACCCUCCUAUCUAUCAUCGCGUCGGCAAUCUCUGCCAUCGGUAACGUGAUGAUCGUCCUUCUGAUUGUCAUGUUCAUCUUCGCCGUCAUUGGAAUGCAGAUCCUUGGAGGUAGCUACACGCCAGAGAACUUCGGUGUGGCCACCUUAGAGGAAGUGCCUCCAUGGCACUUCCGGGACUUCCAUCAUUCCAUCAUGCUGAUCUUCAGAAUCCUAUGUGGAGAGUGGAUCGAGCCCCUGUAUGACUGCAUGAACGUGGCCAACAAACCAUUUUGCAUCAUCCUCUUUAUCGGGACUCUUAUCGUGGGGAACAUCAUGAUGUUGAAUCUCUUCUUGGCCUUGUUGCUCAACUCUUUUGCCUCGGACUCCCUUCAGAACAAGAAAGAGGCCGAAGAAUCCAAGUUGAUUAUAGCCUUUCGAAAGAUAGGCCGCUUCUUGAAGUACUUGGUGCGGCCAUGCCUUUGCUGCAAGAAAUACAGGAACAAAAACAAGAUCGGGGACAGCACGGAGAAUUUGAAGGUCCUUGGUAAUGGAACGACGAAGAACGGCAUUCUCCCGAUCGAGAAUGGCCAUGGCGGAAAGACCACAAUCCACGAGUUCAUCGUGGUCGAGGAUGUGGGUAAAGACGAAGAUAAGAUUUCAACCAUCGACAUAGACAACAGCUCGCAAACAGUUAUCAGACGCAGAAAUCAACUAACAACAAACGGGUUCCACCUGCAUCCUGCCUUAGCUGCAUCUAAUGGAAACCUACCCCUCAUGUAUACCAAUGGAGGCAGUCAUAACGGCAGUGCAGUCAGUCUCAGAUCGCUUCCAAAUCGUCCACACGUGGCAUUUGUCACACCCGCCCCUGUCCCUGCCAUCCUGCCUCCACCAAGAGUACCUCCUUCUCUCCGCCUUGACCCCCCGGACGCUCACGAGAACGACUCCUUGUCGAACGACGCUGGCGACUGCCCACUCGUUGUCAGUACCAAUGCUGAGACGGGGGAGAUCGAACCUCCACGCUCAGUCGCUCCCACACCAAUUCCAGGUCGAUCUGUCAGUCAUGCAAGUCUCGCGAGCAUCGCAAGCAGGAGAGAUACUGCUGUGGUUGUCAACACAACUGCCACUAUCGAGGAACCUAUCCUAGAGGACCCUGUCAAGGACUGCCUGCCAGGGAUGUGCACGAGAUUCUACGCCAAGAAAUGUUCGUGCAUCCCAUGUUGUCUUGAUCCUAACGAGAACGACUGGGCAUACCGGUUUAGACGGUAUCGGGAAAUUAUGUUCACGGUUUGCGAGCACAAAGUCUUUGAGACUUUUAUCAUCAUUGUCAUAUUCGGAAGCAGUUUCACCUUGAUUUUUGAAGACAUCUACCUAGAUCAGCAUCCAAGACGUCAGGAGAUCCUUAAGGUCCUCAACUAUGUGUUCUUUGGCAUAUUUGUUGUUGAAAUGUUGAUCAAAUGGAGUGGCUACGGGUUCGUCAAAUACUUCACAAGUUUCUGGUGCUGGCUAGACUUUGCUAUUGUUCUUGUCGGUCUACUUAGCAUCUUGGGUGAUGUUAUUGGGCUAACAAACUUUGCUGCAUUUAGGGCUCUUAGGACCCUUCGAGCGCUCAGGCCUCUAAGGGCCAUCUCCCGAUGGGAAGGCAUGAAGAUUGUGGUCAAUGCUGUAGUCCAUGCCAUUCCGUCGAUAGCCAACGUCCUGCUCGUGUGUGCCAUGAUCUGGCUCAUCUUCUCCAUCAUGGGUGUCCUAUUCUUCAAGGGGCUCUUUGAUCGUUGCGUUGAUGAGGAUGGCGAGCGAUUGCUCCACUUCAUCGUCAACAACAAAUCAGAGUGCCUGGCCAAGAAUUACUCGUGGGAGACACCGCCUAUCAACUUCAAUAACGUUGGGUUAGGCUACGUGGCUCUCUUUCAAGUGACAACGUUCGAGGGCUGGAUGGAGGCUAUGUCUGCUGCUGUAGAUUCAAGGGGAAAACGUGAGGAUGAUCUUCAGCCCAUCAAGGAUAACCGGUUCUAUUACUACAUCUACUUUGUCAUUCUCAUUGUCUUCGGAUCAUUCUUUCUUCUCAAUCUUUUCAUCGGAGUCAUCAUCGAUAAUUUCAACACCCUAAAACGCAAGUACGAAGGAGAUAGUUCAAUGGAUAUGUUCCUAACCACAAGUCAGAAGCAGUACUACCAGACCAUGAGACGAAUGGGAGUCAAGAAACCUACUAAGCAGAUCAAACAGCCAACGAACAAGAUCCAGAAUUUCUUCUACCGCUUGACAACGAGCAACAAAUUCGAGCUUGUCAUCGUCUCCGUCAUCGUACUGAACAUGAUUACGAUGAUGGUCGACCAUUACGGGAUGUCUAAAGAACUCACCGAUAUUCUGGCACAGUUCAACAUCGUGUUCACUGCGAUCUUCGUCUGCGAGGCAAUCCUCAAACUGAUCGGCUACAGUUGGUACUACUUUAAGAUUCCUUGGAAUGUCUUUGACUUUAUUGUGGUAAUCUUCUCAGUACUUGGUAUCGUGUUAGACGAUGUGUUAUCCAGUGUAUUCAUCAAUCCUACACUGUUGAGAGUGUUGAGGUUAUUUAGGAUCGGUCGAGUACUCCGCCUCGUGAAGCAGGCCAAAGGCAUUCGGAAGCUUCUCUUCGCCCUGGUCAUUUCUUUGCCAGCCCUUCUUAACAUCGGAAUUCUGCUUAUUCUCGUCAUCUUUGUCUUCUCGAUCAUCGGCAUGUCACAGUUCGGGCAUGUCAAGCUCGACGGAGCUCUGGACAAAACCACGAACUUCCAGACUUGGGUAAACAGUGCGCUGUUGUUAUUCCGCCUGUCUACCUCUGCCGGUUGGAACGACGUCUUAGACCCGUUGAUGGUUCAGGAGCCAAAUUGUAAUAGUACAUACGGAGGGCUCCCGAAUGGAAACUGUGGUGGAUUCUAUGUACCAAUCUUCUUCUCCACAGUAUAUCUUGUUAUUACAUUCCUAGUGGUGAUCAACACGUACAUUGCAGUGAUUCUGGAAAAUUUCAGUCAAGCCCACGCGCAAGAGGAAGUGGGAAUUACUGAAGAUGAUUUUGGAAUGUUCUAUCAAAUUUGGGAGAAAUACGAUCCUUCCGCUUCGCAGUUUAUUAAAUAUGAACAACUAAGUGAAUUCUGUGACGCUUUAGAGGCACCGUUACGCCUCGCCAGACCAAACCGAAUAAAGAUUGCAGCGUUAGAUAUGCCGAUCUACGAUGGAUUUAGAUUACAUUGUCUGGAUGUUCUGUUUUCGUUAACGAAACGGGUUUUAGCAGACGUGGAGGAGUCGGAUGAUUUCAAUGAACUCCAGAAACAAAUGGCGGAGAAGUUCGCUGAGAGCUUCCCCGACCGCGAGCAAAAUCAACCUACAACAACGACAAUGAAAAUUAAUAAGAUGAGCCAAGCAGCAAAGAUCGUUCAGCGGGCUUAUAGGUUCUUCAGGUUGAGGCGAGAGAUCAGCAAAGCAGCUUCUGCUAAUCGGGCCUCUCAGGCCAGCAAUAGCAACUCGCGGAAGAACUCCGUGUCGCAAGAAGCAGGAAAACUUAAUUUGGAUGUGAGCCACGGCAGCUCGCUAGGACCUGCUAUGGAACUUCCCGGACAGCUGGGUCUGUCGAGAAGCGCCACUCCUAUGAUUCCAGAGGAAACCUUAGACAAUCCUUCUUCUCAUAAUAAAGCAGAGAAAUAUCAGUUGGAUGAUCAAGGGAGUGAGAUCCAGACAAUAGAUGCGUCCGUGGAUAUAGUGGGGAGUCAGGGAACAAAUGAGACUACAACACAAGUAUGACACGUACCUGUCAAGGUUUGUAGCAUUGACGGUGCUGUCGAGUAAAGAAGUUAGGACUUCUUAAAACUGAAAUCCCCUUCUUAAAUUAUUUAUAUUACAUUAUUUUGUCAUGCCAUAUUACUGCGAUCAUGGAUACAGAAGCGGAUUCAUCAUUUUUUUUCCAGAUACAGGAAAGGGUAUCUAAAUGGAUCUUUUCGAAAAAAAAGUUUAUAGAUGUUUGCUUCUGAACUAAGCACAUGAAUAUAUAGAGGAAAAGAUACAUGGUAUUCUUUUCCUAAAGAUAAUAUAUCAAAGUGCCUCCAUUCUUAUGUUAAGCUUUAUACAUAUUUUUUUUGUAAUAAAUUUCUUAGUAUUUUCAGAAUAUUUUUAUUUGUUUAUUUCAAUAGGUCUAUUGGUGACCUAAUCCUUGGUAGUUCCGGGGACUUAAGCAAUCGGAACAAUAAAUUAAAAAAACGCCCCAAGGGCAUUAAAGAAAAUUGAAUCAUUGACAAAAUAUAGUACAAUAAUUUAAGGGAUUUUGUUAUUUUCUUACUAUUUACGAGAAAUUCUCGAAGAAAUUCUGAAUGUAACCUUAUUUGUGUUAUUUGAAAUCGUGAUGCCUGUGAAAAAUUACUUGACGAAGUCAGAAACAGUAAGUCAUUGACUUAAAAGUCGUUUUCGGUAAUAUAAAUUUACUUCUCUUAUAGAACCCCCGCAACAAUAAAGAUUACAUCAACGUAUACCCGCUAGCCAAAUUGACAAGCUUUAACAUUAACAUAUUCUAUGUGAAUUAUAUUCAUGAAAACCGACUUUGAAUGCAAGAAAUGAAUUAGGAUAUUGUGCAAUAAGUCAUCACACGAAAGCUGUUUCGAAUCUUGUGAAAGAAGCAUGAACGCUGUUUUAUGAGGAUAGAUACAAUUUCGUGAAUAAUUCAUUGUUAUAUUCCAGUGCCUUAUUUUGGGUGUAAUUACACUUUUUAUAGUAUUGUAAUUUUCUUUCCUAUUACAACCUUGUAACUACCGAAUAAAAUAAUGUGUGCAUGAUUGAUUUGUCAAAAAGGGAUGAAGCUUUUUUGUCAUUGUUUGAUUAAAAUUAAGUAAAAUUAAUGGUUCAUAGUCAGUAGUAAAUGAAUAGAUGAGUUAUUUUUGCGUUUUUUUUUCGUUUGAUAAUGUUAUGUUGAAUUAUUUUUUGUGCAUAGUUCUUUGCCAGAAUGUGUAUAUUUAAAAAUAUAUAUUAUAAGAAUUAUAGGACUUAGCUUUUCACAAUUAUCCGAAAAGCCGUCUUGUAUUUGGCAUCAUACUCUUUUUGUCUAUUAUUAUGCAACAUUUUCUUUAAAUUUUAAAGUAUAAUGCAAGUGCAUAUUUGCAUCGUGUGUUAAGUUACUUUCAUAUACCCCUCACGCAUCAGAACCCGUACCCUGAUAUUGGUAUUUUAUAUUGUCUUUCUUGUUAAAAAACGAAUGCUGACGAUGUCGACGACGACUACGUUGAUGAUUACCACCGCCGCCUUUUGUAUUUUUAUCUUAAAUAGAGUUGUAUAAUAACACAUGUAGAAAAAGAGAUGUAUGUUGUGUUUCGUCAAGAAGAAGGGGCUUUUAUAUGAUUCCGCUUUGAUGCUAAUAAAUGUACAUGAUUAUUUGUACGAAAAUUGUAAA